UUUGGGCCGGGACCUCUGUAAAUGCGAUGUCAAAAAACACGUUAUUCUCGCCCCUCAUUCUACUAACCUAGUACCUACGUCUUAAUAAAAGGGAUUAACGAUAAACUCAGUGGUAUCAGUGACUGUCGUGUGAAUCGUCCUCAGUUUAACAGCAAGGAUAAUCGGUCUUGUAGACUAGAAGCGUUGAACUUCCGAACAAUGACAGAGAACGGCUGAUCGGACUGUGAUUCAUAAAUUCAUUGCUGAUAGUGGUGUGUAGUACAUUUCUGAUUGGUCCAUCUACGGAUAUUUUUCUAGAUGUGAAUAAUCAAUGCUUGAAUGAAACUUAAUAAUAUUGUGGUCAAACUGUUAAAAAUACUAUAAUACGAACAUUAAGAAUUUCUUUAAACGGAUUUACCGAGGAGACGUAAAUAAUUAUGGGAUGACAGCAAAUACGGAUUCAUGGAAAAGGUUUGGCGUCGAGUCGGUCUCCAUUCCUCCCGCAAGAAGAGGGAUGGAAGCGGGACUAGUAGGGAAGUAACUGCAACUGUACCACAAGAAGCAGAGUAUCAGAACAUUCACACAUUGCGGACAGCUGACUUGAUCAGACAAAGACAGGGCGAGGAGAAGUCGACGUUGCGUUCCUCAUACAUUAUAAGGAACGGAGAUAAUCUAAUAUUGGUAGAACGACGACGCAGACGACGCCGCAGAAGCGGAACUAGGGCAUCUUCAGGUGGAAGACAUCAUACUCCGCCGGUCGAGGAAAAUACUAGAUCGGAACAGAAACGCCGACCACCUGCUCGUUUGAAGAUCUUCGGGAUACAAUGGCCUUUACAUUCUAGCGAAUCUAGGCACACGUCAAUCACUCGGCGUUUUUGCCGCGGCAGGCGUUCCCGCGAGGAUAACGAGCUUUACCGCUCCAAUAGCUUCAAGUUUGAAAGAUUCACUAGAGAGCCACCUGCGGAUGAGUUUGCCUCUGGUUCACAGGCCGCGUUGUGUGCUGACUACAGCGUGCCUGUGGACUGUGUAGCGGCCGGGCCAGCUCCUAGACCCAGCUCUUUCCACGAAAUCUCCGCGCCUAAAGUCGAGUUCAUAGAAGCAUACUGUACACCUCGUGACACAGCUCGACGUUCGCCAUUGCGCAGUCGCCGCUCUAGAGAGCCGCGCCGAUCACCAGAUACAUACAGAUGGAGACACGAAUCCCGCCGGUCGAACUACGACUUUGACUCGUGUCGCCGACCUUACGAUUACGAGUCGAGGCGAUAUUUUGGCCGAGAGUACGACGGGGAUUCGGGAAGACGCGUGGAAUUCGACGCGGAAUCCGCAAGGCGACGCGCGGACUACGAGUCUGCUAGAAGAACAGAUUUUGACUUAUCCGCUCCGGGAGUAUCCCGGCGGAGCCCAGAAAGUGCACCUGAGGGUUCAGCGGAUUCUCCACCUGAGCCGGCGCCGUCUGCACCUUUAAGACACGAGAGAUCUCGUCACAGAUCACAGCCAUAUUACGAAUCAGAAUCAUCGUCAGAGGAUAGAACGUCAUCUACAGAAGAGGAAGAAGACGAAUUUGGUGAAUUCGAUCCAUUUGCAACAGCACCUUCACUUCAUUCACCAGACAGCGGACGAUCAGAUCCUAGAUACGCUAACGCACCACGGAGAAACCCGAGUCCUUAUUAUUACGGAGAUUUAUUUAAGACAGCUCCACCGCCACCGGCUCCUUCAGCACCAACCAUUUCAACUACAUCAUCAUCUCGUGGACCACGUUAUAGGAAAUCAGCUAGCCUAGACGCGCCUCACGUAGCUCCAAGGCCUAAUCUUCCAAAACGAUUCUCUGUAGCUGAAGAUGGUUUCCGUGAGCUAGAGCGGUCAUCAUCUUCGUCAGGUGAGAGCGCGUGGAUGCCGCCGAGGCGCCGUGGGCGCGACGCGGCCGGCUGCGCGUGCGCCGCGCCCGAAGAUGUAGAGGAGCAUCGAUCUUCUCGCAGCGUCUUUUACGUGCCGGCGCCGCUGCCACGCUGGCCGCAAGAGAUGACCACUCGACAAAUUUAUGAAACUGCUUUCGAUUGUAAAAUUGCCAGAUCUGAUGAUGAUUUGGAUGACUUCGAUCGUGUUAGCAAUCAUCCAGCUUUGUUGCAAGCAGAGGAACGUAAAAUUAUUUCUUCUGCAUCAUCGGCUUUUGAAGCAGUUGAGCGAAGUGAACCGGACUUUAAAGGUCGUCGUAAAGUGACAAUGAAGACAGAUAGUGUUAGGCGCUCUAAGAUUCCUACAAUUCGUCAAAAAAGGGAAAAUGAUGGCAAUGCAUGUGCUCUGUCAGAAGAAUUGGAGAAAAUUCACAUAGAAGAGGAAGAUCGCGCAUCAACUUCUCAAUUACCUCUUAGAGGAUACACACCAUCGCCACCUUCGACUGCACCUUUACCAGCGAAAUUUCAGAAAGAUGGAUCUGCAAUGAAUAGUAUAAAAAGUGCACCUAAUUUACCACAGUCACAACCAGCUCAUCCCCGAUUGAAAGAUUUGAGGUUACCUGUAAAAUCAUUACGAGCUCGAGAGACUCCAACAAGCAGCGAUGCAAGUAUGGCAGAUGUAAAAGGUUCAGCAUCGACGGAAUUAGAUAUGGGCCAACGUCUUAGAGAUUCUGGCCGUGAAUCCCGUGAUGAUGACGAUGAAAGACAAUCCAAAGACGGUAUUUUUUUAGAGAUUAAGGGCCGACCCACUUCCGAUUCUGACACACCAGAAUUGAAUCGAUAUAAGGGGCCUAAGGGGGUCGGUCCUAUAAUGGAGUUUAAGGGAAGGCCCAACAUUGCUCGUCCAAGACGCAAAUAUUCGAGUACAGAAAGCAUGGCUACCAGCAGUAGCGGAGGUAGUAUGGAGUCAUUAAGAAGUAGUAACAGCGAAGGAGAUAGGAGUAGCAGUAGUUCAGAAAGUCGUCAUUCGUCAUCGCUCAGUUCUCAUAGUUCUGAUUCAGGAAAUGUGCCGUUUACAAAAUCACAUCACAUGCAGUUGUCGGGGUUUGGGCACCACCCAACUAAAUUACAUAUACUUAGCCCUAUAUCUGAUAAAUCUUCACAAGAACCAGCGUCAGAAACUUCUGACAAUAACAAAAAUAAUAAUUCUCAAAAAGUAUCACCUGAGGAUGGUGAAACGGGAAAUACAACGAUGCAGACUACUGUCGAAAUUGUUGCUAAGCCUAAACGUCGUGCUUUACAAAAUAGAAAUCUUUUGAAUCUUACAUUUAGGCAUUCUACAACUGGGGAUGCUGAGAUACAAGGUUCUGACAGUGGUAUAUCAAUACACUCGAGAGAAGGUGUUGAUUCACGAAAUGCAUUUAUUAAUUUCAAGAGUAAUAACACGGAUGAGACACGUAAAGACGAGGACGUAGAUUUAUCUGAUCUUCCAUUUGACAUGCCGAAGUUAAGAAGGCGACGUGCGGAAGCCGAAGCUGACUUGCGAUCGUUGCCAUUCGAUAUGCCUAAACUUCGACGAAAAUUAAGAGGACAGUCAUUACAGUUAAACAAUGAUUUUGGGGGAGUUAUUUCAAACGCUUCCUCUAGUCAGAGUGUUCAAGAUUUAAAUCAAGGUAACAAGCAUCGUGCUAAGUUGACACUGAAUUUCGACAGUGGUAGCGGUGGUUCUAGCAGUUCUAAGGGAUUACAUUUGAAUUUGGGACCCAUAGUUCCGCCUCGAGAUCUCGUUGAUGCUUCACUUCCACUUGAUAGACAGGGGUGGUACCACGGAACCCUAUCUCGCGUUGAAGCCGAAGGUCUAUUAAGAAACGCAGAAGAAGGUGCUUUUCUAGUUAGAAACAGCGAGUCUGCAAAACACGACUAUUCAUUAAGUUUGAAGUCGACUCGUGGUUUUAUGCACAUGCGUAUUUGCCGUGGCAUUGAAGGUUACACUUUGGGAGGAGCAGCGACAGCCUUUCCCACAGUUCCUGCGCUCAUGAAGCAUUAUGUGACAGCCCAAAGACUACCAGUAAGGGGAGCAGAACACAUGGCACUUUCUACUCCCUUGCAGGCUGUUCUACUAUGAGCAGUUUUUGGCUGGAUUUUUGGAACAAUUAAAAGCGCAAUGGACUUGCGAAAACCACUUGAUGUUAGAAUGGUCGUUAAAACGUAUCGGACAGUAGUCUUGGAAGCGUUCUAUGGAUUUUGGUAAUAAAGAAAAGCACAAUGAAUAAGUGGGAGAUAGUUUUAUUAUAUGUAUAGCUUUAGAAGACCCAAGUAAAUAUUACCAAAGAGUUUCAAGAUACACUUGACGAUGAUUGUGUUGAGAAUUUAAUGCUUCUUGUAAAUUUUAAGGCGGAUUUGCACUGCUGUGCAGUAUGUUAUGUAUAUGCUAGUCCAACACCGCAGCAACCUGUAUAGAUGACGUAUUAUUUAUUCGCAUAUAAUCAUAUUCAGUGUUUAUUUCGUGAUAGUAAUAACCUAUAUAUUGGUAUUGAUAUCUAUUUCUGUUAAGUACUUAUGCUUGGCAUUAUUCAUUCAUUAUUUAUCUUAGAGUAUUAUCAUCAAUGUAAUAAUUUUUAAUUAAUCAAUGUUAUUGCUGCAUGUACUAAGAAUGACGCAGAUGAUAAAGUCCAUAAACCUAUAAUUGUAAUCUGCAUUUUACAAUAUUGUAUUCAGAUAUUUCUUAUGAAUCACCAUAUCUAAAUGGACUUGAUUUGUUUGUGACUGUGUAAUAUACUAAUGUUAUUUAUUUUUUAAAUGUGGCCUAAAUUUCUUGUUUCUUGUAUAAGUUGUGAUAGUUGUGAAUCAGUCAGAAAAUUUCUUUCAAUUAUAAUAUACCUAUAAAAUGCUUAACAUACGUAUUACAUGUUUACAAUUCACAAUGAUAUUCAACAAGGUUAAAAGAUAUUAAUUUGCAAAUGGCGGUAUUAACAUAGCAAACAAUUUGUAUAGUAUAUUAUAUUAUAUGAAGAUGCCAUAAAUAGAGCCUUAAUACAUAGGUAGUAGGGUUUACAUUGAUAAUUGGAGCGCAAAUUAUAAAAAUACAUAAGUGACUCAUCCACAGGUCGCGCAGUCACGGAAACAAUAUCGAUUUUAGUACAAAUUUGUACACAAAUGACUGUUAAAAUUAUCCGUCUAUAGUCAAGUUUAUAAAUGAGGACUUUUUUCUACUUUGUAAAUCACGAAAGGUUGUAGUUACUAUGGAAAUAAUUAAAUUUGCCACGAAUUUAUUUUGAAAUCGUCGGCAUGCUUAUAGCAUGACUUGGCUUGUUGUAUUCAAAUUAAACUUGACUCUAGAUAAAACAUCGUCUCAUGUUUACAGCAAUGAAUCAAUAUAAUAUAACAUUUGAUAGCAGCUUAGAUAUGUCGCCAUAGAAUAACGUAAAUAGUAAAUUACUAUUUAGAAAAAAUCGGCCAAUAUGGAGGAUUAAAAAUAUAAUUAUAAAUGUCAUAGCUUUCGUACAAAACAUUUAAGGUUUUAUUUAGUUAAGUAAACCUAACCCCAGUAAUGAUAAUGGCACAUAAUUAUUAAAGAUCAUAGAAAAGAAUUGCACAUGUUAUGUAACGAACACAUUGACUUAUUUAUAUUUUUUGUUAUAAUAGACAUAAGUAGGUUUAUUGAUAAUAUUGGGGCCCUUGCUAUUUAUAAAUAUUAGAUUGUUCCCUUCGCGAUGCGAUAUCACUAGGAUUUGAUUAUAACAAAUGGUAAGUUAUGCUACAACGAUUUUUCACAGACACCUAGUAAUAUCGACAGCGAACGGAAUAGUAGGCACUACAUUAUUUUCUGUGAUUUGAUUUUAAUAAGAUAAAAGCCAAAAACAUUUCGUAGGACACGUUGUAUUCGUUGUGGUAUAUGCUUUAUUCGUUCAUAAACCAUAUUAGUGUACCAAUUGUGUUGUUAUUAAUAUAAUAAUAAACCACGAUCUCAUUGUAAUCUUCCUCUGGUUGAUUGAGUUACCUUAGUGUUAAUUUGUAUUGAUUUGUACCUGAUUUAAGUGAAAACAUAAUUCGUGACUUAACAGAUUUAUUUUGUUAUAUAAAUAAUUUAGACUUGAUAGUAAUGUUUAAUCCGUAGAUAUGUAUGGGAACGAGCAAAUUUCGAGGCAUGUGAGAUUUCUGAUAAGUAUGUACGUAAUAUACUAAACCACCGUAAAGCAGCUUGCUUGCGCGAGCAUGCAACUAAUUUUAAUAUUAUGAUUUAAUAUAGUUUAAUAUAAGUAAUAGAACUUAUAUUACGGGAAUUGUUUCAAGUGAAAAAUCAUUUUUAAAACAACAAAUUAAACUAAUUUGUAAAGAAGAUUAUUUUACUACUAAAUUAAACAGGAAGAAAUAUUUUCUGUUGACUCACAAAAUAAAUCGGAGGUUACAAGAAUAAAGACUGCUUACCUAUUAAUGAAAGAUGGUAUUUUAUCUUUUGUAAAACAAUUCCAGUAAUAAAGUUUUCAAUUUUAAUAUGUAGUAUUGCUUAAUGGUAUGUAGGUUAAAUGUUUUGGAAGAAAAUGGAAGUUUCGGAAACGUGUCAAAAUUUUUUCAAAGAAUGACUUAGGUCUGGGUCUGACGUUAGGUAAAAUUAUAGCUUAUAGUAGUUAUAAUCAAUUGUAAUUUUGAAGGUGUAGUUUGAAAUUGACGAUGAAAUAAAUUCCUUAAAAAAUA